AAAAUGAGCAAAAAGUAUGAAUCAACAAACGUGUCAGAGGUGGAGGAUCAUAUCUCUUUGAAAUAUGAAAUCAAGAAGAGACUUGGAAAAGGGGCGUACGGGAUUGUGUGGAAGGCAGUUGACAGACAGACAGGUGAGAUUGUUGCUGUGAAGAAGAUCUUUGACGCCUUCAGAAACAGGACAGAUGCCCAGCGGACAUUCAGAGAAAUCAUGUUUCUCCAGGAGUUUGGAGAUCAUCCCAACAUCGUCAAACUUCUAAAUGUUAUCAGAGCACAAAACGAUAAAGACAUAUACCUCAUUUUUGAAUAUAUGGAUACUGACCUGCAUGCAGUAAUAAAGAAAGGCACCUUACUGAAGGACAUUCAUAAACGUUAUGUGAUGUACCAGCUCCUUAAAGCCAUCAAAUAUCUGCACUCAGGAAACGUUAUACACAGGGACAAGAAGCCAUCCAACGUUCUCUUGGACACUGACUGUGUUGUCAAGCUGUGUGAUUUUGGCUUGGCCAGAUCGCUCAACCAGAUCCAAGAGGACAGUGGGAAUCCAGCGCUGACAGAGUAUGUGGCGACGCGGUGGUACCGAGCUCCUGAGAUCCUACUGGGAUCCACAAGGUACACUAAGGGUGUGGACAUGUGGAGCCUUGGCUGCAUCCUGGGAGAGAUGCUGCUGGGAAAAGCCCUUUUCCCUGGGACAUCCACCAUCAACCAAAUAGAGAAGAUCAUGAGUGCCAUACCACACCCAAGCCCAGAUGACGUCCUCGCUAUCAAGUCUGAAUAUGGAUCCUCUGUCAUUCAGAGAAUGUUACUAAAACCACAGGUGCCUUUGGAUGAUCUUCUCCAGCCGUCUGCGCCUCCUGAUGCUCUGGACCUGCUGAGGGGUUUGUUAGUUUUUAACCCAGACAAAAGGCUGACUGCUGAGCAAGCCCUCCAGCAUCCAUAUGUAGCCAGGUUUCAUAGUCCAGCCAAAGAGCCGGCUCUUAAUUAUGAUGUAGUACUGGCAGUGGAUGAUGAUGUGCAAUUAUCUGUGGUUCAAUACCGCAACAAACUUUAUGAGAUGAUGCUGGAGAGGAAAACUCAUGAGGGGAUGCUGAGACUGGUCCAACCGAAAGAUGAAGGCAGUGGCAGUAGUAAGGAUAAGCCCAAGGGGAAGGAAAAAGUGGAUAGGGACCCGGUGACAGGGAAUGGCGAUAGGAAUGGUGACCAUGAGGCAAAAACUCAAUGUGAAAAGACUGAUGAGACAAACCAUGUGCCUCCUCAUGCAGGAGUGACCAAACCUGGGCCUGUGAAUGCAUCAACCCCACCUGCUGUGGAGAAGAUGAGCCCCUCAGCUAGUCCUGGCUUGGGAAAACUCACAUAUAACCCCAUCACACAUGCACCAAAUGCUUUCGUUCGGAGUCCAGCCGGUGCUUCUCAUUACUACCACUCUACUGCAGCCAGCAGGAAACUAGUCGGACAGACCAGUAGUGAAAGUGUAGGUACAUCACCAACAGAGGGCACCAACGCUAAUAUAUCCAUGGACCAGAUCCUCCAGCGUGGUCGCUCAGCCCCUGCAGGCCAUAACCGCUCUUUCUCCUCGACCCUAACCCAAACCCAGAACAAUCCACUGGUUCGCAAGGAUGAGUCAUCUCUGUCCGCUGGACUGAACGUCACUUCUGCUCGCCUGAACCAGCGCUCAAACUCUCAGGUUCGUGAAGCUCGGCCACCGCCCCGAUUCAGCAAGAAAGUAUUUCAGAGCAACUGUAACGUGGCCGCUGCAGGUGACCCUCGAGCCAAGCUAGGCAGCUACUCCCAGGCCUAUGGUACUAUCAGCAAGACUGACCUGGACAACCUGCUUCGAAAUCGACCUUGCAACCCAUAACUGCUGUUAUAUUAGUGGUUACAUACAGCCCGUAUGUAACAGGGUGUCACAGGUGUUUGAACACAAAACAAAUUUGCUGCAUAUCAGCAUGUUAGACGUGUGGCAAAAAAUAAACUGAAAACACGUCUUGUGUACUGUAGAUUGAACCCAUGGAAACAUGGAUUUCCAUUCACUGUCUGUGACAGUGAAUAUAUAUUUGUAACAUCCAAUGUUAUUUCAUAUCAGACUUAUCAAAUUUUAAUUCAUAAAAAAUGUACAUGGCCGCAAGGGCCCCAUUUUAAUCAAGUGUUAGUUGGUUUGUGGUCAUUUGAUUAAUGCAUAUUUCUUUGGGAAUAUGGGCUUUGACACGUUAUCAACUGAAAAUGUCUUGUUUACAUAUUUUCUAUAGAGGUCUUGUGUCAAAAUGAACAUUUUAAAUAUUCUCAUGUUUCACAUGAUUUCUCAUGUUGAUCUAUGUAGUUAAAUGUCUAUAGGCUUGGCAAGUACAUUAAGCCAAUGAGUUCCACAUGGACAGAGAA